AUGAGUAUGAGUACCAGCAAACAAAGACGAAAUGAGGACGGCGGAUCAGAGGAUUCACCGCCGUACUCCAGGUUAUUUAUUGUUUGCGAACGGCGCUUAACAGAGGAAGAUUUCAGGGAAGCUUUCUCUAAAUUUGGGUCAAUCGAAGACAUACGAAUACCACUCAAUCAUGCAACAGGGGAGUCAAAAGGAGUCGUGUACAUAAAAUUUUCUAAAACUAGUGAAGCGGCGCAUGCUUUGGAAGCAAUGCAUAAAAAAACGAUUAAAGGCUAUGGUCGCUCGUUAAAGGUUAUGGUAGCUUCUAGUCGGUCCGAUAUCCACACAGAAGACAACAAUGAGAACAAAUAUAAAAGGCUAUUCAUAACGGUACCACAGAUAAUCACUGAAAAAGAAAUAGAGGAUACAUUCAGUCAGUAUGGUAAUGUAGUAUCUGUCGUCAUUCAAAGAGAUCGUGCGACUGGUAAUCCUAAAGGGUUUGCUUAUGUGUCAUAUAGCAAAUUCUCUGAAGCAGCCACUGCUUUUGAAGAGUGUGACAGGAAAUAUCGUGCUAUAUUUGCUAUGCCUAAAGAGAACUAUGUAAGACGUACUGAAUCUCUUUUUGAUUCAAGUAUAAAUGACUUAAUAAACAUCCCCUCAUCCAGCAAUGCUGCUCUUGUGUCUAUGAUGAACACUCCUGCUAAGGGUUAUACCAGGGUAAACUUCAUGUGUUGUCCAAAUUUAACUAGAAUAAAUGUUGAAAACUUAUUUGACCUUAUUCCAGGUCUUGUAGAUUUGCAAUAUUUUGUUGACAUACAACGUCGCUGCGGCAGAGGCCUUGCUUCUUAUUCUAAUCCAGUCUCUGCAGCAUAUGCAGUUGAUAAGUUGAAUGAAUUUGAGUAUCCACCUGGUUUGAAAAUAUUUGUGAAGCCUGAGAUAUCUAGGUUUGAUAUGCAUAAUCACAAUUUUAAUAAAUUGUCAAAUGCUGCAUAUAAUUUGAAGAAAGCUAUUCAUUCUGCUCAGUCCCCCAAUCCUGACUUGGCUCAGUUAACUGAAGCUAUUGGUGAAGCUUCCAGGCUGCUUAAGAUGGCCACGACAGGAGUUACAGAUGAUGUUGCCUAUGACAUGAAUGACUUGAGCUACUGUAGUGUGAAGUUGCCUCCUCCGCAGCCACUAGCUGACAUUGACAGUGCUGUUGCUAAAAGAUGUUUCUUAGUCUGCCAGCCUCAGCCUCCACCUUUGACAGUUUUGCGUGACAUAUUCUGUAGGUUUGGAAACCUUAUUAAUGUUUACACAUUACCCAAUAAGACUGUUGGUUAUGCUCGGUAUGCAAAUUCAAACUCUGCAGAGAAUGCAAUACAUGUGUUACACGGAGCAGAAGUUUGUGGUGUCCGAAUAAAAGUUUUAGAAGCUGACGAUGAAAAGGGCCCUAGAAAAAGGAGAAUGAUAGAACAAUCUGAACAAUGA